CGAGAAAAUUCUCCUUUUCCAUCCUUGGGCCUUGGCCAUCGCGUCUUGACGACGACCAUCGCAGCGAUCGUGGUGGUAUGCACAUAUCGAGGCGAGGACGCUGGGGCCAAAACAUCUUCAAGAGGCUGCUGUCCAACAGGCCUUGCAGGGCCGCAGGGCCGCAUAUGCGCGCUUGACACCAUUCAUGCGGCUCUGCGCCAGAACGUGCGUGGUGCCUGGGCAGGUGCGUGGACCACGCAAUUCGUUUGGUGAAAUGAUGCAAGCGGCCACCAUCGGCAAGAUGUGGACGACCCCGUUUUGGGUAAUGCAGAGGUGACUUGACUGGUGGUCAUUGCAGGCCAGAAGCAGGGGACAUAAGCAGGAAAAGUUUUCGAAAGGCCUGGCGGCACCAACCAAGCAGGUGAAGCGCCGGGUAUAUGCAGGUAUCGGGGGAGUAGAUGGGCUCGAUCCGGAGACUCCACCGAAAAUUUGCUGCCGCCGUGACCUCGACGGUGGAGCUGUUCGCUUCGCUUCGUGUCGUGUCGUGUAAGACGAUGGAAUUUUUCUCGUGCAUGCCGGGGCAUUAUGACGGCGGCGCGCUGAAACAAGUCGAGGGAGGCGAGGUGAGUUGUCACCGACAGGUCAAUGCAACUGGUUCAAGGGCAGUGCUGUGUGUUGGAUCGGAGACGAUCGCUUGGAGUCAAGAUGUCACACUAUUCAACCUCAAUUACAUGUUGAUCGCAUCAAAGAUCGUCAUCCCGAAUGGACGACAAGACAUGAAAAGCAGUACCGUAUCCGUGAGACCAUGGGAUUCACGGAUACUAUCCGUCCAUGGAGUGGGCACCAUCGGCGGCAUGCAUCGGGGGCCUACGUGGGCCUGCCUGUUGCAACGCACGCCCAUCGGCGGUCAAGCAAGUUAGCAAGCAACAACAAGCGAGCACGCCUUGAGGCUGCCCUGGCCAGCUGUGGAUAGCAUUGGGUAAGAGUAUCGAUUGUUUUGGCAUCGUGAAAGGAGUCAUCCAUCACAUGGUCCCAUGGAUGGAGCCAUGUCGCGCCUUACGAUGCGUACGUGGUUUGUCUGAUUUCAGUCACCAGCAGUAGUCACUAAAAGUCAGGACUUACAAUUGAAUCAAUGGCACUGAGUUGGUGACUUUCAAGAAUGCUCCUCGACAAGCAUGGAGGAUAUACGUCUUCCAGUCAUCAGCAAAACAUCACCAUGCCCGUCAUCAAGAAAAGGAGUCAAGCAACAAACAAUGGCAUGAUCAUCAAGGUAUUUUAGAAUGGACCGUGGGCUAGUCUAGCACGCCCUACUGGUCGACAUGGACUGGACCUGCGCUGGAGUUGGCCGACCAGCUCCACAGGCCGCUGGCUGUGACGAGCCGGAAAAGUUUAGCGGUCGCUCGGGGCAUCGAGGUCGCUGGAUCGUAGCCGGAUCCACUGAAAAAUUGCUCGACAAUGCUGUAAUGACACAUAGUUCGGCCAAGGGGGCCGAUGGGCUUUUCACGCGCGCAGAGUAUUAAUACCGAUCGUGCCCA